AUGCGUAUCACAUCACCUUUCCUCCUCGCAAUGGGUUGCAUGACAUCGGUCUACUCGCUUGCAAUUGACGGUCCUGCAACCAUCAAUGGGCAACCCAUGCCAGACAGAUGGAUCAGAUAUGAUUUGACACCUGUCAACACAACAACUUCUGACACUUCUCUCAUUCCUCGCACAAAUGUCAGGAUCUGUGAGCGGGUCUUGACAGCAACCAGUCAAUGCGUCGGCCUCAUCAGCCAGGCCAUAAUUAUCUCCAAGGCUAUUGGAUCCGCAAUUAAGUCUAUCUCAGACGCAGGCAGCUGUGGCAAGUCUUAUGGUUCAUUGGACGGUGUUUCUUGGGUGUAUUACGCGACUGGUAGCAACUGUGACACAACUGCAGAAGCCGCGACUAUCCAGGGAGCCAUCAAACAACACCUAACAACCAUCGAUGGAAAUUCCCUAUGUGCAACAGAAUGUCUCGAUCUUACCCACUCGGGUACCUGGAGUGGCUUUCUCCUUAUUGGACCGACAAACAACUUUGAUAGCACCAUGUACUGUGGACCCAGUCUUUCUUUCGGAUCAUGCACAUCCGGAGGGAAAAAUGACAUUUAA